AUGUGCCCAACACCUACCGAGUCCAACGAAAACAGCGGGACGCCUCUCGACGAUGGCUACUACCACCUCGGCAGCCAUCAUCGCCACAUCACUACCAAGCACUCCGUUUCCCAGACCUGGUUCAACCGCGGCCUCGUGUGGUGUUACGGCUUCAAUCACGAAGAGGCCGCAAAGUGCUUCCAACGGGCCAUUGACCGUGAUCCUUCAUGCGCAAUUGCCUACUGGGGACUAGCCUACUCCCUGGGCCCAAACUACAACAAGCCCUGGGAACUCUUUGCCAAGAACGAACGCAUCGCCACUGCACGGCGCACCCAUCGCGCCGUCCAACGGGCCAAGGCACACUCUGCCAAUGCUACCUCUGCGGAAAAGGCCCUGAUUGAGGCCAUUCAGCUUCGGUACCCGAGGACAGAUGCCCCUGCCAAGGCAGACUAUUGUGUCUGGAACCGGGACUACGCGGAUGCCAUGGCUUCUGUCGCAUCGCAAUUCCCCAGAGAUCUCGACGUGGCCACGCUUUACGCUGAUGCCAUGAUGAACCUCACUCCCUGGCAGCUAUGGGACAUCAAGACCGGUGAACCCGGAAAAGGGGCCCGUACCAUUGAGAUCAAGCGCGUCUUGGACAAGGCCAUGGCCCAACCAGGCGGCGAUCAGCACCCGGGCCUCUUACAUCUCUACAUCCACCUUAUGGAAAUGUCCGGGACGCCCGAGGCCGGCAUGGCAGCCGCAGAUAAACUGCGCGGCCUCGUCCCGGACUCGGGCCAUCUCAACCACAUGCCCUCCCACCUCGACAUCCUGGUAGGCGACUACCCGCGCGCCGUCGCGGCCAACACAGUUGCCAUUCUUGCCGACGAAAAGUUCCUGAAACGGGAGGGUCCUAUGAAUUUCUACACCCUCUACCGCAGUCACGACUAUCACUUCCGCAUCUACGCGGCCAUGUUCUCGGGCCAGUCCAAAAUAGCCUUCGAAACGGUCGACAUGCUUGAGGCCAGCGUCUCGGAGGACCUUCUUCGCGUGGAAGACCCCCCCAUGGCGGACUGGCUCGAGGCCUUUCUCUCCAUGCGUGUGCACGCCCUCAUCCGUUUUGGGAAAUGGCAAGACGUGCUAGCUUUGCAGUUCCCCCAAGAUAAGGAGUUAUACUGCGUCACCACAGCCCUGCUUCAUUACGCCAAGGGCGUGGCGCACGCUGCGCUCAACCACGUCGAGGACGCGAAUCUUCACCGGAGAUUAUUUCGCGAAGCAGUCCCCCACGUCAGACCCUCAAGGACGCUGUUCAACAACAAGUGCGUGGAUAUACUAGACGUGGCAGAGGCCCUGCUAAACGGCGAAAUCGAAUACCGCUCCGGGAAUUACGACGCUGCGUUUGCACAUCUGCGCGAGGGCAUACUGCGAUAUGACUGGUUGCCAUUCGACGAACCAUGGGGCUGGAUGCAGCCAGUUCGGCAUGCCUACGGGGCGCUGUUACUCGAGCAGGGCCAUGUGGAGGAGGCAUGGAGCAUUUACAGGGCUGACCUGGGCUUGGACGAUACGUUGCCCAGGGUGCAUCGGCAUCCGAACAACGUGUGGGCAUUGCAUGGGUAUCACGAAUGCUGCUUGAAACUGGGCAGGAUGGUCGACGCCGAGGAGAUGAAGCCCGUGUUGAAACGGGCAUUGGACGUGGCGGAUGUGCCCGUCCAGAGCUCGUGCUUUUGCAGGACGAGCGUGGCAGCGAGAAUGUGA